AUGGCUUCUUUCCUUCCCGUCAACACCUCGGCCGCGACCGAUGACCACGCCAUGGACGGUGCGACCACCCCCCGUGCGAUUCCCAACGGUGUGUCGGCCUCCUCAGAUCGAUCCUCCCCGACGGACCAACCCCCGGAUGUCGUUGCAGAGUCAAGUCGAGCCGAUGGCCCUACACGAGCGGGACACUCAAGAACAGCCUCGACCAUAUCAGAUGAUGCGAUGAAUGUGGACUCGGACGGAGAACGUGAUGGAUCAGACCAAGAGACCGAAGCGGGCGGUGCGCCCCCAUCGAAAAAGAAGAAGGGACAGCGGUUCUUCUGCACGGAUUUCCCUCCUUGCAACCUCAGUUUCACACGCAGCGAGCAUUUGGCUCGACAUAUUCGAAAGCAUACGGGCGAGAGACCCUUUCAAUGUCACUGCUCCCGACGAUUCUCGCGUCUGGAUAAUUUACGACAACAUGCGCAGACGGUGCACGUCAAUGAAGAGAUCCCCGGUGACUCGUUGGCGGCCACGGGCACUCGGUUCCAACGCCAAGUGCGGACGGAUCGAGUGCGCCCGACUGGCCGGGCUCGUGCUGGGACUGGAGGUAGCCAGGGUGCCCACAGCCGUGGUCAUAGCAGGAACUUGUCGACUUCCAGCAUCGCAUCUACGGCAUCCACAUUUAGCCAACCCCCGGAGCUUCGGCGACGACCCCCGCCGUUGAUCAUGGCCAACGACCCUACCAGCCGGGCACGCCUAGGACUGGAUCCGAUGGGAGAGCCUCCGAGUACGCCACCAGGCCAAAUUCGUGGCAUUCCAGGUCCCUCAGCCGGCGGGUCGCCUUAUACUCCGUCCAACGUUUACCCUGGUGGCCCGACUGCCAGCCCCCAAUAUACUUCUCCCAUGUCUAACGGAGCGCAUAACUUCUGGGAGGGCAAGACCGCUGCUCGCCGACUGUCUGUUCCUACCAGCAGUAACCCAUUCCUCGCACAACAUGGUGGCGCAUAUCCUCCGCCAUAUGGCUCACCCGCCGGUCUUCCCUACGCGAAUGCCGCUGGUGUCUUUGCGAGCCCAACUAGCACAAACUAUCCUGCGUCUCGGGAUGAGAGCACCCUUACUGCCGCCGAGGCAGAGAUGCGGAGGCGAACAUGGCAUCCAUCGACAUAUCCCACAUUUAGCCGGCCAUCUACAAGUGGCUUGAGUCAGUAUCAUACACCCGAUACUGUCCAGGGACCUCCUUUGAUGGGUGGACCCAACGCUGCAGACCAACCGCCACGGCUGCCUGGAAUCGAGAGCUUCGACAAAGUCGUGUCUCAGCACCGACCAUUGACCCCGCCCACCCGUAAAGCGAGUCCGAUGCAGAUUGAUAGCCAACACCGAGCUCAUCCACCUCCUAACCAUAACUUCGGCUCUGGCUACAACUACGGAGCUCCAUCAGUGCGUCCAGCACCUCCAAUGUCCGGUCCUGGCCACCGUCGCGGCCAUGUGUCGUGGGACAUGUCCUUGCAUCACAAUCUCACCGGGCUCGAAAUUCGAGACCGACGAGCCUCUCGGGAUGCAAGCCAGUGGAGCCAGCAAACCAUUGCCGAGCUUCAGAACGUGUCUUCCCGCCCUUCGUCCUCAUAUCAGCCAGUAUUUCCACCCACCGUUGAGCGUAGUCCAGAAGAGCAUCGGGGUCAUUCAUCGAAUCUGUCAACGAGUAGUCGUCCAGCGCAGACAUCUCCCGAAGACUCGAGCAGCAGCGAGGGGGUUCACACUCCGUCUACGACCUCGGUCGAGUACCACCCAGCCAUUGUGCACAGCAGCGGAUAUAUCGAAUCGCACGAUUCGCCGUUGCCAUCCGAUCACCCUCAACCGAUCUGUGUCCGACAAGCCUCUCACGCCGACGGCUACCCGGGCCACACCGAGCAAGAGCCCCGAUCAGAUAUGUACUCGGACUCCUCUGCACGAGACAACGGGAUGGGCCGGCUCGAGGCCUUGGUUGCCGUCGCAACGAGUGAGAAUAAAGGUGCCGCCAGAUUGUUCUUGUAA